AAUCCAGGUAAUAAUAAACGAGAGCUAACCGGUGUUACGGCACUUCAUAUGCAUAAUGGCAGCACUAAAGGUCACUCUCGAGACGUUAGCUGCCGGACAGCAGCCGGACGGCACAGCGCAACGAAGCAGUGGAAAAAUAGCGCUGAAUACGGUCUGACGAGUGCACCUCUUCAGACUCAUCAAUGA